AUGUCAACCAGAAUUAACCUCCCAUCAUUCAACAAAUCUAAAUCUUAUGAACUAUAUAAACAAGAACUAUUAGCAUGGAGUGAAAUAACAGACCUAGAUAAAAAGAAAAGAGGAAUUGCAGUAGCACUCUCCUUACCUGAAGAUGAUGAAACUAAGAUUAGGGAAAAAGUUUUUGACCAAAUUGUUCUUGAUGAUUUGAAGAAAGAUACAGGUUUAAAUACCUUAGUAGAUUUUCUUGACAAGCAUCUGGCUAAGGAUGACCUUGCAGAUAGCUUAGAAAAAUUUGAGGAUUUCGAAGAUUAUACAAGGCCAGAAGGUCAAUCAAUCAAUGAAUAUGUUGCCUAUUUUGACAGCAAGUACAGAAAAAUUGAAAAGAAAAACAUGAAAUUGCCCUCGGAAAUCUUGGCUUUCAAAUUGUUAAGGAAAGCUAACAUAUCAAAAGAAGAAAAGAUGUUAGUCUUGACUGGGAUGAAUUAUGAAAAUAAAAUGACACUUUAUGAAGAAGCAAAACGGUCUUUGAAAAAGUUCAAGGGAGAAGGAGGUCAAGUGAAGGGUGUAGCUCAAAGUAUAAAACUUGAACCAACUUUUUUGGCUGAAAACGAGGAAGCAUUGUGGGCUGCAGGUUAUGUGAAAAGGGGUAACAGCUAUGGCUAUAAACGUGGAGGCCGCUAUAGCAGAGGUGGAGGACGUGGACAAGGAUUUCAGUCAUCUCAAAGAGGGGCAAAGAAUUUAAACCCAUCAGGACCAGAUGGGAAACUUUUAACAUGCAGAUCAUGUGGAUCCUACAGACAUCUUGUUGCAAAAUGUCCAGACAGCUGGGAAAAUCUGUCAAAAGUCCAUAUUACAGAAGAGGAAGAACAUGCUGUUUUAUUCACUGGAUACCAAAAACAAGACAUUAAACAGCUAGGAAAUGAUGCUCGUAAUUGUGCAGUAUUGGACAGUGCAUGUAGUAGUACAGUAUGUGGAAAAACAUGGCUCAACAGUUAUCUUUAUUCAUUGAAUGAAGAGGAUCGUGAAAAGGUUGUCAAUCGCAGCGGACAUAAAGUAUUCAAGUUUGGAGGAGGAACCAGGCUCAAAUCAGUUGGAGAGUAUGAUUUGCCUAUUUGUAUGGUUGGUGAGCAAGUGAAACUAAAAACUGAUGUGGUUGAUUCAGAUAUCCCUCUCUUGCUUUCAAGGUCUGCUAUGAAAAAGGCCGGAGUAAAAAUGGAUUUAGAGAAUGACACAGCAAUAAUUAUGGGAAAGGAAGUAUCACUGAAUCUUACAUCAUCAGGGCACUAUUGUAUACCCAUAGAUAAGACAGAAACAUUGAAAGUAGAAGAAGUAAAUGCUGUCAGGUUAGAUGAAUUGAAUGUAGAGAAAAGAAAAACAGCUUUACUCAAACUUCAUCGUCAAUUUGCACAUCCACCUAAAAAACGCCUUGUGGCAUUGCUAAAAGAUGCUGGGACUUGGAAAGAGGAAUAUGAUGAGGACCUAUCAGAAAUUCAAUCUAAAUGUGAUCUAUGUAAAAUGUAUGCUGUGACACCACCAAGGCCAGUAGUCUCAAUGCCUAUGGCAAAACAAUUUAACGAAAAAGUUACAAUAGAUUUGAAACAGUAUAAAGACCGUUGGAUUCUCCAUAUGAUAGACAUGUGGUCAAGAUAUACAGUGUCAGUCUUUAUAAAUAGAAAGAAACCUACUAAUGUAAUAGAGGCAUUAAUGAAAAACUGGGUAGGAAUUUUCGGAGUCAUGGGAGCUCUCAUGUCUGACAAUGGAGGUGAAUUUAGUUCUGAUGAGAUGAGGGAGGUAGCAUCUAUUUUAAAUGUUAAAGUAUGUACAACAGCUGGAAUGAGCCCAUAUCAGAAUGGACUUUGUGAACGUGUACAUGCUAUUACUGAUAUUAUGCUGAUGAAACUUGAGGCUGAAAAUAAAAAUGUAGAAUCAGGAACACUUUUAUCAUGGGCAAAUAUGGCACGGAAUUCACUGCAAAUGUGGAAUGGUUUCAGCAGUCACCAAUUAGUUUUUGGUAAAAAUCCUAAUUUGCCAAACUUAAUGCAUGCACAGCUACCAGCAUUAGAGGGAACAACUGGUAGUGAGGCAUUUGCUAAACAUUUAAAUACUUUACAUGAGACACGAAAAGCUUAUAUUCAAACUGAAGCAGACGAAAGAAUCCGCAGAGCUUUGCGCUCAAAAGUAAGAGCAGCUGAACAAGUAUAUGAGAAUGGUGACAUGGUGUUUUACAAAAGGGAAGGGAAAGAACGUUGGCUCGGACCAGGGAAAGUAGUAUUUCAAGAUGGAAAAGUUGUUUUUGUCAGACACGGUGGAGUAUUUGUUAGAGUAUCCCCAAACAGAUUAUGCAAAAUAAAUACUGAUUUGGGAGAAAAUAAAGAACAAGAUAACAUAGCGUUGAAGAAAAGUGACAUUAUUAUUAGUAAUGAAAUUAAAGAACAAACUAAUGAAGAAAAGAAAUCCUUUGACAUUAUUUCAGAAACUAUAACAAGUGCACCUCAAGAAGAUCCAUCUCAUGAAGCAACAGCUGUUAGUCAUAAUUUACAGCUUAUAAAGAAAGAUGAUAACAUUCGAUAUAAACUACAAGGCUCAGAUGAAUGGAUCAGUGCAACUGUGCUUGGAAGAGCGGGCAAAGCAACAGGAGGGAACAAAAGUUGGUAUAAUGUGAAAGAUCAUGUAAGCGAUGAACAAAAAAGUGUAGACUUGGGUAAUCUAGAAUGGAAUAUUUUAGAAGACCAGACCAAUGACAUUGAAGUUCAAACAACUGAUGAAGUGGAUCAAAAUGAUAGUGACAUUGCAAAGCAACUAGAAUUACAAAAGCUGAGACAAUUUAACACUUAUGAGGAAGUUGAAGAUGGUGGUCAAAAGACAAUUUCUACUAGAUGGGUAAUAACUAAUAAAAAUGGAGAAACUAGAGCUAGAUUAGUAGCUCGGGGUUUUGAAGAACACUCUUUCAUUCCUAAAGAUAGUCCUACAAUAGGAAAAGGAUCUAUUAGAAUAUUCCUUACAUUUGCUGCAAGCAAGAAAUGGUCAAUAAAAACUACCGACAUUAAAUCAGCAUUUCUACAAGGAAAGAAAUUAGAUCGUGAUGUCCAUAUUAAACCUCCAGUUGAAAGUGAUACACCAAAAAGGACUCAUUUGGAAACUUAA